UAACUGCGCUGCCGCAUGCGUUGGCGCGUGCCACCCGGGGUCCGCUGCAGGCUCGGGUCCGAGGAGCCCGAGACAGCCAGGACUGGACCACUGAUCAGGGUCUCGCUGCCUGCCGCGCCCUCGGGGCCGGACACAUCCCGGUUCUGGAGCGGGCCCUUGAUCUCCGAGGCUGCACUUUGGGGCCUCUGCUCCCUCCUCCUUCCCUCCCUCCCUCCGGGGCCGCCCCCGCCCCCCUCCCGCGCUGACGUCGCCGCUGUCAAUCAGUCCGCGCCCGCCGCCCCCCGGGGAGGGGGCUCGAGGGUCCCCUGGCUCCACGGCCCCGGGACCCCGAGCUCCGAGCAGCGUGCCCGCUCCCCCAGCGCACGACCGGGUACCCUCCCCGCGGCCCUCGGGCCCCGCCGGCCAGCCCGGGGUGGAAGCCCCGCAUGGUUUAGAUUAGAGGGGCGGGAAGAGAGAGAGAGCGGCCCAGGCGCGCCGCGCGGCUCCCACCCGAGGCUCGACAACCCGGACGGCCGGACCGGAGCCGCCGCGCGGGCCGCACCCUGGGGCGCCGCACGCCGGGCCGGCGGGGCCGGGCCCACUUCCGAGCCGCAGGCCGCGGGGGCCGCCCGCUCGCACACGCCCAGGUCCGAGCCCGCUCCCUGCCCUGCCCGCGGUUUCUUCGUGAGCCGGCUCGGCAGCCGCAGCGCACACGCGCCCCACCGCCCCGCACGGCGGCUGCCGACCAUGCCCGCCUCACAUUCUCACACCUCCGCGCGCCGCCCGCGCUCGCUCCUGCUCUCGGGCUCCGGGCCCUGUCGCGACGGCCGGGCCUUGUCUGGGACCGGCCCCGCUGCUCACCAGCCCGCGCUCGUCCGGGCCCAGCGGGCAGCGGGCGCUGGAGUCCGCCGCGGGGGUCACGGGUGAAGGCCGGCUCUGCGCUCGGGCGGGGAGGAGGCCCGGCGGUCCGGCCCGGAGCGGCAGCGGCGGGGAGGUGCGGCGCCGGCCUGAAUCCGAGCCCAGGCCCAGGCUCCAAGGUGCCAGGGCUUGGCAGAGCCUCUGGGGGAAACUGCGGCCGAGGGCCAGGACUCUGCCAGCAGCUCCCCGAGAUCCCGGAGGGCUGAAGAGGAAGCCCAGUGCCUGCUCCAGUCUAGGAAGCCCAGCCGGCCUCGCGCCGAGCCAGCCGGCCUCUGUGCCUCAGAAAGCCCUGCCGCGGCACAGGCAGACAGAUCCGUAUGGACCUCAGCCCAUGCCCAAACCCCACAGCCUGUAACACACCCAGAACACGGGGCAAGGUAAAUUUCCCUAAGAGAUGGGGAGUUUCCACUGGGAGGAGAGAGAAAUGCGAAUGCACCCUUCCAGGGACAGAGAGCCUGGACUGGGUUUCAGGACCAUCGGGAAGAAAAGAACACGAGUGUAUCGCAAAUGUGGCGGCUUAAAAGAAAGCCAUGGAUUCUCUCUCGUGGUUCUGCAGACUGGAGUUUGGAAGCUCCGUGGCUGUGGAGUCAGGUUCCCACUAGAGGUUCUAAGGCAGAGUCCUUCCUGGCUCCUUCCAGCUUCUGGUGGCCCCAGGACUUCGUUGGCUUGUGAAAGUGCCGCUCUGACCUCUGCCUCAGUCUUCACGGGCCUUCCUCCUCCUGUCCUAUUUCUUGUAAGGACAACAGUCCAUUCUCUCAGGGCCCAUCCUACAUCCAAGAAGGCGUCGCCUCAAACUCCUGAACUUGAUUACAUCUGCAAAGACCCGAUCCACGUAAGGCCUCAUUCGCCGGUACUGGGGGGUAAGAUGUGGAUAGAUCUUUCUUGGGGUGGGGUGGGGGUGGGGUACAUAAUUCAACCCACUGGAGAAGGUGAACUGCCAAGAGUUUAAAAGACUCUAGCCCAGCGAGUUUCCAUCAUGGCACAGUGGAAAUGAACCCGACUAGGAACCAAGAGGUUGUGGGUUCAAUCCCUGGCUUCGCU